AUGUCGAACAAUCACGAUGAUGAACCCUUAUUUCCUAUUGAAAUGGGAGAAAAUCGAUAUCCAUUGGGAGAUUCUCAACAAACUUCAAAUGACGAUAAUAAUGGAACAGUGAUCGACAACGAUGAUGAUAAUCGAUUUGUUAUUAAUGAUACAGGUGCUGACCAGUUUCAAACAGGUUUAAUUGAAACGGUACAAAUAACAGAAAAUACAGUAAAUCCACAAGGUGAACGAGUUUCACCACAUGAUUUUCAAUUGCUAAAAGUGUUAGGCAAAGGUGGUUAUGGAAAAGUUUUUCAAGUACGAAAGGUCUCUGGAAGCCAUCAAAGUGAAAUAUUUGCUAUGAAAGUUCUCAAAAAAGCCACAAUCGUCCGAAAUGCAAAAGACACUGCUCAUACCAAAGCUGAAAGAAAUAUUCUUGAAUGUGUUAAAUGUCCAUUCAUUGUUGAUCUUAUAUAUGCAUUCCAAACAGGCGGUAAAUUAUAUUUGAUACUUGAAUACCUAUCGGGUGGUGAACUGUUUAUGCAACUUGAAAGAGAAGGAAUAUUUAUGGAUGAUAUGGCUUGUUUUUAUUUAUCGGAGAUUUUAUUGGGAUUGGAGCAUUUACAUAAACAAGGAAUUAUUUAUAGUUUUUCGUUUAGAGAUCUUAAGCCAGAAAAUAUUCUACUGGAUGCUCAAGGCCAUGUUAAAUUAACUGAUUUUGGCUUAUGUAAAGAGUCAGUAUAUGAAGGUACUCAGACAAAUACAUUUUGCGGUACGAUUGAAUACAUGGCACCAGAAAUUCUAACAAGAAGCGGUCACGGCAAAGCAGUUGAUUGGUGGUCGUUCGGUGCACUUAUGUAUGAUAUGUUGACGGGUGCUCCACCGUUUACAGCUGAUGAUCGCAAACGAACAAUGGAUAAAAUUAUUAAAGCUAAAUUGAUUAUACCAGCAUAUUUAACUGUUGAUGCAAGAGAACUGAUAAAAAGUUUACUUCGUCGACAAGUAAGCCAUCGACUUGGUAGUGAUCCAGACGACGCCGAAUCAAUCAAAAAACACUCAUUUUUCCGUCAUCUCAAUUGGGCCGAUGUCUAUGCCAAACGAUACGAGCCACCGCAUAAACCAAUUCUUAAAAGUGACGAUGAUGUUAGUCAAUUCGAUACAAAAUUCACAAAACAAACGCCUGUUGAUUCACCUGAUGAUAAUAUGUUGAGUGAAAGUGCUAAUCAAGUGUUUCUCGGUUUUACUUAUGUUGCUCCAUCAAUAAUUGAAGAGAUGAAUCGAUUUGCUUUCUUUAAUACUGGACAUCGAUCACCAAGGAAAAUCCUAUCCCCUGAAAUAGCUUCUCAAACAUUUCAUUUCAAAAUAUCCGGAUCGAAUGGUGUCCUAGAUCAUGCAAAUUGCGUAUCAGCUGAAGCUAUGGAAACAAAUGAUGAUUCAAAUUUACUAUCAUCGUCUUCUUCAUCUCGAUUCGCAGUCAAAUCUUGCGCCAAUAAUAAACAGCAAACAACGAGUCCUGUGAGCACCGGUCCUUCACAAUGA